AGUUACAACUUUUCUUCCCCCCUUUCACUUACAGCCCUGCCUCCUAAGCCACCGAAACCUAAUACUGUAACUAACAAUAGCAUGAAUAACAACAUGUCAUUACAAGACGCUGAAUGGUACUGGGGAGAUAUCUCAAGAGAAGAAGUAAAUGAGAAACUUCGAGACACAGCUGAUGGUACCUUUUUGGUACGAGAUGCUUCAACCAAAAUGCAUGGGGACUACACACUUACACUGAGGAAAGGAGGAAAUAACAAAUUAAUCAAAAUUUUUCAUCGAGAUGGAAAAUACGGUUUUUCUGACCCAUUAACUUUCAACUCUGUGGUCGAGCUAAUAAACCACUACCGGAAUGAAUCUCUAGCCCAGUAUAAUCCUAAACUGGAUGUAAAAUUACUCUACCCAGUAUCUAAGUAUCAGCAGGAUCAAGUUGUAAAAGAGGAUAGCAUUGAAGCAGUGGGAAAGAAGUUACAUGAAUAUAAUACCCAGUUCCAAGAAAAAAGCAGAGAAUAUGACAGACUCUAUGAAGACUACACAAGAACAUCUCAGGAAAUUCAAAUGAAAAGAACAGCCAUUGAGGCAUUUAAUGAAACAAUAAAAAUAUUUGAAGAGCAGUGCCAAACACAAGAAAGAUACAGUAAGGAAUACAUUGAAAAAUUUAAACGAGAAGGAAAUGAAAAAGAAAUACAAAGAAUCAUGCACAACUAUGAAAAACUGAAGUCUCGGAUAAGUGAAAUUGUGGAUAGCAGGCGCAGAUUAGAAGAAGACUUAAAGAAGCAAGCAGCUGAAUACAGAGAGAUAGACAAGCGUAUGAACAGCAUUAAGCCAGACCUCAUACAGCUGAGGAAGACAAGAGAUCAGUACUUGAUGUGGCUGACUCAAAAAGGUGUUCGGCAAAAGAAGCUAAAUGAAUGGCUUGGAAAUGAAAAUGCAGAAGACCAAUACUCUAUGGUAGAAGAUGAUGAGGACUUGCCCCAUCAUGAUGAGAGAACAUGGAAUGUGGGAAAUAUCAACAGAAGCCAAGCUGAAAAUCUGCUGCGGGGAAAGCGAGACGGAACAUUCCUUGUUCGAGAGAGCAGCAAACAAGGCUGCUAUGCCUGCUCUGUGGUGGUGGAUGGUGAAGUAAAGCACUGUGUGAUAAACAAAACACCUACUGGGUAUGGAUUUGCAGAGCCAUAUAACUUGUACAACUCGCUCAAAGAACUGGUGCUACAUUACCAACACACGUCACUUGUGCAGCACAAUGACUCUCUCAAUGUCACACUAGCCUACCCAGUAUAUGCACAGCAGAGGCGAUGAAGAUCUUAAUAUUCUGGGUUGUUUGUGGGUUUUUUUUUUUUUUAAGAAAUGAUUUGGCAACAUUGAGGCCUCUGGAGAGAAAAGGCUUCUUUCAGCUUUACUGAAGAAUUUGCAGUAUCAAAGCUAUCUGUCUUCAGAUGGGACUAGAGAUUUCCUUCACAACUGCAGUGGGAGAGAUCACAGCGUUAAGCUGUGAAUGUAUGUUUGUAAUCUGAAGUGUUUUUUUUUUUUUUUUGUAUAAUUAAGAAAAGAAAAACACAAGAGAAAAAUCCAAACCUGAUCUCCCUGCAGGGACAUAGAGGCCUUUAAGCAUGGUGCUUGUUUACGACCACUUCUGAAGCUUUACCAGCUAGAACAUUGGAUUAUCCAGACACAAGGUAUAAGAGGUCUGUGUUACUCAGUUAUUGAAAUUUUGUGGUCACAGUCUGACUUGGAAUGGUGUUGCUGCACUCAGUGGAUCCAGACAUACAGCAUUGUGGUUUUAUUUUGGUUUCUGGUGAAUGAUAUGUAGCAGAGUGGCACUUUCAUUUCUAAGGGACACUUUAAAAGGACUUCAGUUACAGUAUGUUGUUCAGAGUAAUUGUAAUAGCAAAGUGCCAGGAAGUGUUUUGUUCAGAUGAUUAAAAAUCCUGUUUUAAGAAUAUAUUUAAGACUGCAGAAAACAGGACUUUCAAUGGCAUACAAUGUAUAAUACUGUACAUAGUACUGGAUGACUAACUAUCAUUGAUGGAAACUGUCAAUACCAAACUGCUUAUCUUUUUCCUUUUCUGUUCGCUGAAAGCUGAAUUUUUAGACUAUGCUAUGCAAUACUGAAUUUUCUUUAGGCUAUAGUCUUCUCUCAAGCAUAUCUACAGGUUAAGCUUGUUUUUCUUUCUUGUUUUUUUGUYCUCUUUUUUAAAAAUUUCUUUUGCCUAAGGAUAUUUUUCCUGGUGAUUAUUUUUUGUUAUUAAUUUUCUUGUUUUGUUGCUGUUUUGUUUUGUUUUGUUUUUUUGUUUUGUUUUGGUUUUUUUAAUGUACAGGGAGCCAGCAAGAGUUGGCUUGAGAAUUAAAACUAUGAAAUAUUUUACAAUUUUCUUUGUAUAGAAUACUGAGCUACUAGCUCAAAGUUUAAAAAGCUCGUAAAUUUUUUUUGACUAAAUAUUUUGUUGGGCAGUGCCUGAUAAGCUUCAAAGCUGCUUUGUUCAAUAAAAAAUAUAUGAACAUUACAAAAUAUCACUGAGUCCAACAAUACUGUUUCAGAGAUACCUUUAGAAUACGGUACCAUGCUACRUUUGCUUCUUGAAGCAUUUUGAUCUUCAGUCAUGAUUGUCUUUGUAUUUGAAAGACAAAAAAGUAGUAUAUCCUUCUUUGRUAGUAACUGCAGAAAAAAAUGGGGAUAUUUUGCUACUGCAGUUUAGAGUGUAGAUAGUUUGGAUCUCAGAACGAAUUCACCUUCACAGUAAAUAAAUGACUUCUUGACCUCCUGUGACAGAAUUUUUGUCAGCCUGUAAAGGUAUUUUCAUUUCACAUGAAGGAAGUUUCUCUGAUCUGUUGCCUAGGUUUGUUUUUUUAUAUUGGUAUUGUGGAAAAAAAAGUUUCCACCUUUACUGGGAAUAUUUGAAUACCAUACAGAACUAAUUAGGACUGGAAAAUAUCUUUUUUUGAAAAAGAUUAGGCUAUGAUACUUAUUUUCAGAAGUCUGUAGGCUGAGGCAAAGUAUCAAAGUGAACAGUUCCAUAAUUUCAGGGCACCAGAGACUUACAAAGUCRUGGUUUGGUUACAGGAAACAAAUACAUAAAUUCCACUAAAACAGAGUUACUAGUAAUUCUGUCAUAGUUUGCUGUCCAUGGUUUGCAGUGGUUAUUUAUUGUCUUGACCACUGAGGAAAUUCACACAUUCAAAUCAAGUAAAUCAAUAAAGUAAUGAAGUUCACAGAAAUCUUGGAAAAUAUUURACUGAGUGAGCGUACAAAAUUAUUCUUCCCCGAAGAUUCAAAGGUCAUUACUAUUAAAGAGAGUUGCRCACACAAUCAAAAGAGUGAGACCCAUGGAGUUCUCUCACAAUAGGUCUGGCAGAGAUCCUUGUGUUUUAUUUCAAAGUAUGUAGUGCUUUCUAAUGUAUUGGAAAUAAGAAGAAGAAAUUUGCCAGUCUCCAGUAAUAUUUAUAUUAUCUUUUCAUUUUUGCAUUGUUACUUCAGUUCUGAGGCUGUAAGGCUUUUGAUUUUAUUUUGAUUCUGUGAUUUUUUUUAUUUUAUUUUUUUUGUGGGUUGUCUUUGCUUUCCUAUAGAUGUAUUUUCUUAAUAGAAUUUAUAUCAGGAAACAAGAUGCAACAAAUAUUAAUGUUUCAUGAUAGUCAUCACUUAGAAAAUUAUUCUGAAUAUUUUUCCUGAAUAGAGGUUUAGUCUUCAUGCCUUCCCUUCCUCAUUCCACACUUUUUUCAGCCCUGUAGGACCAUGCAAAUCUGUUAUACUACUAACUGGUUUAUACUAUGAAAGACACCAACAACUACUCUAGCAUGCCAGUUAUACUACUGGGCUUGAAGUUACAGAUUAGUUCAAUAUACAGCAGUUUAACACUUGUAGCAAUCCAAGAUAUUAUUCGGACGUAUAUUAAUUUCUGAAUGUUAAAUAUUUUAAGAGUGAAAUUGUAUUUUUUUCUCUGUAGGCAAAGUAUAUGUAAYCUGAAUUGAUGUUUCACGUAGCAUUUGUCAAGAAAUUUUUUCAUGGUUAAGGCAUUUGGAUCUAAUUCUCCUCGUGUUAAGAAAACCCCUGCUAUGUCAGUGGGCCAUAUCCUUAGCAUGCCCAGCCCAGUAUGGAAUACAAUUCAUUCCUGUGUGCUGUGCAACUUCUCUUCGUGUGUGGCUGUAGCAGAAAAAAAAAAUAGUGUGUGUGCAGAUUUGAGACUUGCUUUUCUUGCACAAGCAACAAUGAGAAAUAAGCACUAUGUUGUACAGAUGAGUGCUUAGGGCUUCUUAAGGGGAUGUUCUGCCUACACAGGGUCUGUGCAAUUUGCAGGGAUUGUUUACGCCCUCAAAUUGGCAUGAGUGGGUUUUCUUUGGUACUUACAUAUUGUGUGGCCUCUGCAUUUCUCUCCCUCCUUAAUGCACAGAGCUAAGUCCUGCCAAAGGCCCUAUUCACUGCAGAGUUGUUUGUCUUUAAUGUACCAUAUUGUUCACUCCAGUUUUGAUUUGAUCUCAGACUACUGUAUACAGAAAAAAAAGCAUGGGGAUAUAAGUGAAGAAACACAGUGUUUUUCUGUAUUUC